CCCGAACUGUUCAUUCUCGUUUUUCUGGGUCUGUUGGCCUUCUCUUCUCUCUGGUAGAACAAAGAACCAUUUCCUUAGAAGAGUAUUGACUCUCUAUAUAGGGGAUAUUAGGAUCAGGUCACUGCCCUUACUGCACUCACAUCCCUUAAGACACUAGAGACUAAAACACAAUAUUCUAAGGUAGCCAUCCACCGGUAGGGCACAUCCAAUCCAUCAUCCGCCAAUCCUAACCCAUCCUCAAAUUUCCAAACGUCCAAACCAACCAAACUACACGCAGAAAAGCAAAAGCAGCAAAGCUUUGCCUUAUCCACAUCUCUCCACUCCGAUCCAAAUGACUCUCGCUCUCUCUCAAUCACAAGCCCUCGCCGUUUCGUCCAUCUCCGUCUCCCACCUCACCGCCAGGACCUCCGGCCGCCGUCACUUCUCCCGCCUCUCAAUCUCCUCGUCUUCCUCCACCGCCAAACCCUCCCAGCCCUUAUCCUCCCCGCCCCUCUCCCGCACCAAGACUGGUGUUAUUGUUGUCGGAGCUGGCCUCGCCGGUCUCGCCGCCGCAACCCACCUCCACUCUCGAAAUAUCCCUUUCCUCCUCCUCGAAGCUUCGGACGGAGUCGGCGGCCGAGUACGGACUGACCUCGUCGACGGUUUCGUCCUCGACCGUGGCUUCCAAAUCUUCAUCACUUCCUACCCAGAAGCUCAAAAGCUGAUCGAAUACCGGGAAUUGGAUCUCCGGAAAUUCUACUCCGGUGCCCGGAUUUACUUCGACGGGCAGUUCCACACCGUUGCCGAUCCCCUCCGUCACUUCUCCGAUGCCCUCCAGUCCUUAACUAACCCAAUUGGGUCGGUUCUCGAUAAGUUGCUUAUAGGGUCGACGAGGCUUGGUGUAUUGACCAAAUCGGACGACCAAAUCCUGCGUGCCGACGAGGUCCGUACAUCGGAGCUGUUGAAGAGAAUUGGGUUCUCCGAUUCCAUUGUCCGCCGAUUCUUUAAGCCCUUCUUCGGUGGGAUUUUCUUCGAUCCCGAGCUCGAAACCACUUCCAGGCUGUUCGAAUUCAUCUUCAAAUGUCUGGCUCUGGGCGACAAUACCCUGCCGGCGAAGGGGAUCGGAGCAAUUCCCGACCAAUUGGCCUCAAAAUUGCCGCCCAGCUCCAUCUUGUUGAACUCGAGAGUUGCCUCCAUUGAUCUCGAGGAAUCGUCGCUGAAGUUGGAAACUGGUGAAACUUUCCAAAGCGAGCUCGGAUUGAUCUUGGCGGUGGAGGAACCGCAAGCCGCGAAGCUGUUGGCGGGAAUGAAGCGGAACGGCAACGGAAACGGCCCGGGAAACCCAGUCCCGGUUCGACCAAAACCAGCUCGUGGCACAGUUUGUAUAUAUUUCUCAUCUGACCGGGACAAGGUUCCAGUUCAGGACCCGGUUCUGUUUCUCAACGGUUCGGGUCAGGGCAUCGUCAACAACAUGUUCUUCGCCACCAAUGUGGCUCCCUCGUAUGGUCCAGCCGACAAGGUCCUGGUAUCGGCAUCUUUGAUUGGGUCGUUUGAGGACGAGUCGGAUGAAAAUCUCGCAGCUCGUGUUGUUGGCGAGCUCUCCGGUUGGUUUGGGGACUCGUUGGUUGGAUCGUGGAAGUACUUGAGAACGUAUCGGAUUGGUUUUGCACAACCCAACCAAAGCCCUCCGACCGAUUUGAUGAAAAGCCACCGGGUCGAUUCUGGUUUAUAUGUGGCAGGGGAUUACCUGACUUCAGCCACUUUCGAUGGUGCAUUGGUGUCAGGAAGGAAAGCCGUUGAAGCAUUGCUAAGAGAUAGAGCCUUGAUCCAAAGUUGAUUUGAUCCUCUUAAAAUUUUAGUUUACCUUAUUCCUUGUUUUCUUUCUGUUGAAGCCACCGAUCAUUUCAGUGGCUAAUCUCUAUAUGGAAUUUGAUAUAAUAAUAUUCAAGUUAUUGGAUUGAUUGAUUCUUGAGAAUCAAGCUAAAAUCUUUGA